GGUGGCUUUUGAAUGAUCAGCGUGACUGGCCAGCACAUUCUGGAACAUCUGGCUUUGGUCCAGCUGGUAAUGAGAUGGGGGCUGGCCAGUCUAUAUGCUUCCCACCCAUCUUGGGACCCCACCACAUUGGCUGCACGGAUGUGAUGGAGGGUCACAGUCUUGAGGGGAGCCUCUUCCGACUCUUCUACCCCUGCCAAGCAUCAGAGAAGUGCGAACAGCCCCUGUGGAUUCCCCGCUAUGAGUACUGCAUGGGUCUGGCUGACUACCUGAAAUAUAACAAGCGCUGGGUGGGGUUGCUGUUCAACGUGGGUAUCGGAUCUUGUCGCUUGCCUGUUAGCUGGAACGGCCCCUUUAAGACAAAGGAUUCUGGAUACCCUUUGAUCAUCUUGUCCCAUGGCCUAGGAGGCUUCAGGGCGGUAUACUCGGCCUUCUGCAUGGAGCUGGCCUCCCGUGGCUUUGUGGUUGCUGCCGUGGAGCACAGGGACCAGUCAGCUUCAGCCACCUACAUCUGCAAGCAGACCUCACAAGAGAGCUCGCCCACUGAGUCUCUGGAGGAGGAAUGGAUCCCUUUCCGUCACAUCAAGGAAGGGGAGAAGGAAUUCCAUGUGAGGAAUCCCCAGGUGCACCAGCGGGUGAGAGAGUGUACGCGUGUGCUUCGGAUCCUUCAGGACGCCUCUGCGGGGAAGACUGUCGUCAAUGUCUUUCCAGGAGGACUGGAUCUGACGACCUUGAAGGGCGGCAUCGACGUGGGCCGAGUGGCUGUGAUGGGACACUCCUUUGGAGGAGCUACGGCUGUCCUUGCCUUGACCCAGGAGGUCCAGUUUCGGUGUGCUAUAGCCUUGGAUGCUUGGAUGUUCCCUCUGGAACGGGACUUUUACCCCAAAGCCCGGGGUCCUGUGUUCUUUAUCAACGUCGAGAAAUUCCAGACAGUGGACACUGUCAACUUGAUGAAGAAGAUAUGUGCCCAGCAUGAACAGUCCAGGAUUGUGACUGUCCUAGGCGCUAUUCAUCGGAGUCAAACUGACUUUGCUUUUGUGACCGGCAACCUGAUUGCUAAAUUCUUUUCCAGCAACACUCGGGGGACCUUGGACCCUUAUGAAGGUCAGGAGGUCAUGGUGCGGGCCAUGUUGGCCUUCCUGCAGAAGCACCUUGAUCUGAAGGAAGACUAUGACCAAUGGAGUAACUACAUCGAAGGCGUCGGACCAUCCCUCAUCCAAGGGGCCCCCCACUAUCUGUCCAGUCUAUAGGUUGCUUGAGCUGAGCUUCCACUUAGAAGCUGCCCAAGGAUACUUGUAACCUAGCAGCAGGACCCUGUUUCCCAGAUGGAGAAGAUGUAAUCAGAGAGCUGACUGGGCAGCUGGAUACUUUGCUCUUGGGAUUGUUGAUUGUGGAUGGAUCACUGGCUGAUUGGGAAGUUGAUUUUUUUUUUUUUUUAAAUCAAGGACUCAGACCCAGACUGGCUCUGAACUUAUUACGUAAUAAGGAUGACCUUUCUGAAUGACAGGCAUUACCACUGUGCCUGCCUUGUACUCAGUGCUGGGGGUCAGACCUGAUGUGAACCACUGUCCUGACUUGAGUUAAAGACUAUGCAAUACUUAUGUCCUGAGGACCCGUUCUCAGUAACGGUGGUCCCCACCUCUGUCCCAGGGUUGUUGGCCUUAAGUAAGAACAGUGUCGACCUGCUCAGCUGAGCUGUCUCUUGGCUUGGACCAUUUCUACUGUUCUGGCAGUGCAGUUCACCAUGUGGAAUCCAUACCAAUAGGUGCCACGCCCUCUGUGCCACCAUAGCCGGUCUUUUUGGUGUCCAGACAGGCAUCUCAAGGAAAACCCACUGGAUCCGUGGUAUCUACUUUGGACAGACUUUACAGUGGUUUGCCUGUAAAGGUUAGGCAGACCACCAUAUUAACUGACCACAUCCCCUACUUUUGGCAAGCUAACUUUCUUAGGAUGAACCAAGAGAGUAAGUCAUAGGGUGGGACUGGCUGAGCUCCCGGCCCCAGGUGGAGCCCCAUGGAGCAUGGAUAUGACAACUUGACUGGGUGAGCCCACUCCCUCACCUUGGGCAAUUGUUGCCUAAUGAAGCCAAAGGCCAGAGGGAAACCUUAGGGCUUCCAGCCCUGCCUGGAGCUCUCCACCUGCCCCACCCCCCUCCCCAGGGCAGUCUUCCCACCAUAUGAAAUACAGUAAUGGACACUUUAUACUGUCAUGCUUAGGAGCCCACGUGGAGCAAACAGUAUUGUCCUCAGAACACAGACACCAAGGAGCCUCUCAGAAGCUCAGUGUCUUUGAGGUUUCACAAGUAUAUCUUGUCAGGAAACAUCCUGAGUAGGUUGGGUUGGGCUUGAACACACCAGGAACGUUCCUAGGGAGGUCUGAGGUCAGCUUCGUCUUGCCUUUUACUCCAAACCUGGGGGGUGCUUUAGUUUUGCUUUGUUUUUGUUUUUGUUUUCUUUCUUUCUUUCUUUUUUUUUUUUUUGCCAUCCCCCAAUUUAAGUCAAGAAAUGGAUCCAGUCUGUUUCAUCCUGUUUCAUUGAAUAUUGAUGCUUAUGUUGGCCUAAUGGCGUGCUGGAAUAUUGUCUGUCUAAUCGACAUUAGAGCAAGUUGGAGAACCAUCUGCAAGUGACUUUUCUGAUUUCCUUUGUUUGCUAAUCACGUGUGCCCACAUGGAAAAAACGAAGUCUUCCCAGAGUUCCAAGCUCAGUGGGAAGGCCUGCCUAGGACUGUCUCUCUGCCAUACAAGAUAUGUCACCUGAGUCCAAAGAGGGAAGAACCCGGGAGGGACAAGUGCAGAACAAAAAUGUAUCGGCACAGUAGUCCAAGGUCAGGGCCACCAAAGCAAUCCAGAGAGACCGAGCACACACCAGGAGGCUCCUCAGGCACCGCUCUGCAGCUGCACAGCUGGGCUGGAGUCCUGGCUUCGCCACUGCAUAAACUGGAGCAAAUUCUGUUGUCUCCCCACCUCGGUUUCUACAUAUGUAAAAUGAGGGCCUGUGUUACGAAUGGGUGGAAUGAUUGAGUGGGGGGUUGGGUAACCCCUGGGUUACGAAGUGUGCAUUUCCCACGGCCCACACAUGUGCUUUCUGAUUGUUCAUAUGUUAAAUGUUUCCUAGUCAGCAUGGUCCAUAUGAUCUCUACCCUUCAAGAUUUGUCGAAACUUGAUUGUUGGCCCACUCACUGUAUGAUUAAAAAGUCUAUCUAGUCUGAAGUC